AUGGUGCACAGGUUCUUCGACUGCUCGGUCACAGGAUGCAAGAGACCAAGCGCCCGCGCAGUCGGAGCCGGCUGCGACAUGUGCAGCUCCUAUUUCUGCGGCCUUCACAUGUCUCGGGAUCAUCACAAGUGUCCCAGCACUGGGGACCUGGACGAUGCAGCCUACACCGCGCUCAUCGCCGCUGAGAUCGGCCGCCUCCGAGAGCAGAUCAACGAGAAGGCGGUCUGCGAACUCGCUUCCAGCCUGAGCGAGGGCAAGCCUUGCACUCUCGAACACCCCUCAAGGAUCGUUGGCGCGGACGCUCUGACCGGAUGUGCGAAUUACCACGUCCGCAUCCGCUUCGAUGACAGGUCCCCGUCCUGGCUUAUGCGCGUGCCGCGGGUCACGGGCUUUGCAGUCGGAUUUCCCAUCUCACUUGCAGAAUAUUCAAUACGCAGCGAGUAUGCAACGCUGAAGUUUCUCGAAACCACGACAGUCCCCGCGCCACGGGCUUUCGCGUUCGGUAUCCCCUCCGAGAACACCGACCACGGCGUCGGAGUGUGCUUCCUGUUCAUGGAAGAGCUCCCUGGCAAGCCUUGGGACGGUCGAGGAGACGCGAACAAGGUCUGGAAGGGUCUCACGGGGAUAUUGGCUGAGCUAGAGAGGUACCCAUUCACGAAGGCGGGUUCUUUGUAUGUUAAAGAUCCUGGCGACCUGCCGUGUGUCUCCUCCACCGCGAGCGACAGGUUCGUGUGCCUUGAUCCAUAUGGGCCAUUUGAAACCUCGCAGGAAUACUACACCGCGUGGGCCGAACAGUACCUCACCUUGAUCGCUGAUGGUCAGCUCUACCCUCAAUUUCCAGUCGAGGCUUAUUUGGUUUAUCGCUUCCUCCAAGAAAAUGCAGCCCAGCUGUGCGAUUCAGAGGGCGGCUUCUAUCUGAAACACGUCGACGACAAGGGCGACCACCUGAUGGUCGACGAAGACCUCAACAUCACAGGCAUUAUCGACUGGCAGAUGGCGCGUGUUGUCCCACGACGGGAGGCUUUUGGGCUCGACCUCGUAUCAGCCGACAUGAGAACUCUUUGUGAUGGGGACGUGUCGCUUAGCAUAGAGGACGUUGCGCUAGGUAAGGCUGUGAAUGAGGAGAUCCUGGGGAUGGAGCCACUCACAAAAGAUGAGCGUGUGAGAAGAUUCUUCUGGGGCCUGGGCCUUGAGUCGAAGUGGAAGCAUGCACUACCCUUGGCAAACGCCAUUCUUCAAGUUUUCGGGGUCGAACAAGGCUGGGACGAGUGGAAAGCGUGUGCAUUAGAGUGUUAUGGGAGUGAAGAACGUCUCAGAGCGCUUGUGGGCGACUCGUCCAAACAUGCAGAUCAAUGA